GUUAAGUCCCAGAGUGCUCUGCGACACUGGUACGGUCCGGCGCAAGUUCCCCCGGCAAGUGAGCGAAAUGGCAGAAAGAGGCUACAGCUUUUCCCUUACUACAUUCAGUCCUUCGGGCAAGCUAGUGCAGAUCGAAUAUGCGCUUGCUGCUGUAGCUGCAGGGGCUCCAUCUGUUGGAAUCAAAGCUGCAAAUGGAGUCGUACUGGCAACAGAGAAGAAACAGAAGUCCAUCCUGUACGAUGAACAGAGUGUGCACAAGGUGGAGCCAAUAACCAAACACAUAGGAAUGGUAUACAGUGGCAUGGGUCCGGAUUACAGGGUCCUGGUCCGGAGGGCGAGGAAAUUGGCUCAGCAGUACUUCCUGGUGUAUCAGGAGCCCAUCCCCACGGCGCAGCUGGUACAGAGGGUCGCCUCCGUCAUGCAGGAGUACACACAGUCCGGAGGUGUGCGCCCAUUUGGAGUGUCACUGCUGAUUGCUGGCUGGGAUGAGGGGCGUCCAUAUCUGUUCCAGUCAGACCCAUCUGGUGCGUAUUUUGCUUGGAAAGCAACAGCAAUGGGAAAGAAUUACGUAAAUGGAAAAACAUUCCUUGAGAAAAGAUACAAUGAAGAUCUGGAGCUUGAAGAUGCUAUUCACACAGCAAUAUUAACGCUAAAGGAAAGUUUUGAAGGGCAGAUGACUGAAGAUAACAUAGAGGUUGGCAUCUGCAACGAAGCAGGGUUCAGAAGACUCUCCCCCACUGAAGUGAAAGACUAUCUGGCUGCUAUUGCCUAAAAUAGCAUCUGUUUACCUUGACUGAUAUUUUUUUGAGGAGCUGUGUAGAUUUAAUCAUUAAUUUACCAAUACUGCAUUACCAACUCGGAACUUUUUAGCAUUUGUAUCUUCACUGCUUUAAAUGAACUAUUAAAUACUGGUAAUGGAACAAUAA